UAGCGCAGAAACUGACUCCUCUCCUUUGAAGUUCGUUCUCUCGUAACUCGGUGAGUCGAUAAUGGAGCGACGUGACUGUGGCUACAACGUGGAUGUUGAUUCCGUCAUGGACGUAGAUCAGCGUCAAGAAGAAAACGAAGAAGAUCAAGAGAAGGUUGAGGAAGAUCCUUUUCUCCAGUUCGUCGAUUACGCUAGAUCAGAGCUGUUGUCACUGGAAGGAGAUCCAAACGGUGAUGGUGAUGGAACCAGUGGACCUGGCUGGAGCUGGAUCGUAUUGCGGAUCCUUAAGACUUGCAAGGCUUAUUCAUGCGGUGUCACUCCUGCGAUCUUGCUCUCUGAACUCUCUCAGACAUGGUGCGAACAACGCAGGAAUGGUGCUCCUAAGAAGAGGCUUGAGUUAAUCAACCAGCUCAAGAAGGAACAUCGUAGGGUGAAGCUUCCAAAUACAGUUACCAUUGAUUCAAUAUACCAGAAGAAGUUCCUGUCCUUGAAUAGCGUUCUGGAAGCUGUUAUUAUUGAUGCAUUUGUACUUCCGGGCACAAACAUCCACAUGCUUACAUUAGGGGAUUAUUGGAGCUCCAAUAUCAUAGAUCUUUAUCUACACCGUAGAUUCUAUGACAUGGCAGACCUACAGAAUGGAAUUCUGAAAAGAGGGAGGGAGAUUUUCCUCACUGGUUGUUAUCUCCGAAGUGCCUCUGAAGGUUCCGGUUAUCCACGUCUUUUGCCUACAGAGUAUCUUGUAAUUCUAUUGGACGAGAAUCAGGACGAUGAUGCAAUGCUAUUAGCAGCUCAGUUUUGUUCGGACUCAUUCUCUUCGAUUUCUCUUGAUGCAGUGAACACAGGAGCUUCAUAUUCAUUUUAUGCGAGGAUUGAAGGCAUUGAAUCUAUGGAAAUUCAAGGAAGCUAUGGAAGCUUACAAGGGAAACGGAUUACUCUUGUUGAUGGUGAUGAUGUCAGAUUCAAGUUUUUCCUGUGGGGUGAGCAGAUUGUCCUUGCAAAUCUUUUCAGUGUGGGAAGCAUGCUUGCGCUGGACAAACCAUAUAUUGCAAUCUCCGCUGAGUGUGAUACUGAAGUAAGUGAGGAAUUUUGUCUUGAAUAUGGAACUGCAACACAACUAUACUUGGUGCCUUACAUUCAACAUGAAGAACAGGUGUGUGUAACAUUGACGCCGAAUCGUCAUCAAAAUUCAAGGCCCUUGAGUUCAUGUAAUCCUAGCCAGGGUCUCAGGCUUUCUCAAGUGAGCUUGCCCCGCGAUUCUCAGGGUACCAUUGAUUUCAGUAAUUAUCCUUUUCGGUCAUUUGUGGUCGACCUUCGCAACAAGAUGACAAGUGUCAGCCUUUAUGGAGUUGUUAAAGAUAUCAUCAAAGAAGACACUAAACAAGAAACUGUUUUCUCUUUAAAAAUUGCUGAUAGUAGUGGAGCGAUUUGGGCAAAGCUUCAUUUUUCCGAGUUCUGGUCAUUAGGAAGAGUAAGCGUGGGCCACACUGUAUUUAUAUCUGGCUUGACAUGCAUCUCGUCCAAACAAAAGCGUCUCGAAGUAUCUUGGGUUGAGAAUGGUAUUGGCGCUUCUUUCAUCAAUCUCAGUUGCUUACCAGCAUUGAUAAACUCAUAUUGCCUUCAUAAUCUGUCCCAGCUAUCUGAUAUUUUUAACAAGACAAGCUAUGCGCAAGUAUGUCGAGUCUGGCUCGAUCCGAUUGAAUAUUAUUCUGUUCAUACAAGAUUUUCACAUACACUAUGUGGUCACUUUGUCAAUAAGAUGCCUAGUGGAUUUUUAGAAUGCAGCUUUUGUCAUAAAAUCUGUGGUGCUGAGGUAGUUCGUACUUUCGAUCUGAAGAUUACUUUAGCAGAUGAAAGUAAGAAAGUUCUAGCAUGGUGUACUGGUCAAACGGCUAUGGAUCUGUUCCAAAUUUCUCCUGAGGAAUUUGACGAACUUCCCGAGGUGGAACAAGUAAUGUAUCGUUCAUCGUUGGAAAAAGAGAAAUUUAUGGUUGCGCUGGUAAAUUGUGAGCGGGAUGGGUUAGACGACUCAGUUUCAUGGGAAAUUACUCGCGCAUACAAGUGUGAUUAAGAGUCGAAUGAUGCACACGUAAGGCUAUUUGUAAAGUUCCUAUAAGUUUGCCAUGGAGUUGGGUAAUGUUUACCCCGAUAAGCAUAAGACGUUUCAGAUCUUUGACGUCGAUUCGGUGAAAAGCCAAGGUAGCGCAAUAUUUCCUGUUCAUGAAUCAGAGUGUACCCUUCGUCGUGAGAAAAUGAGUCUUGGUAGAUUGUGCUGAUAAGUUGCAAGUGUUAAGUCGGACGAUUCAAUUUCAUGGGAAAUUACUUGUGGAUGUAACCGGAUUAUGCACUGCUAAGGCUUUUUGUGAAUACCCAAAGAAGCUGCAACGAAACUUGGAUUAGGGUUUGUCCCUCCAAGGAGAAGGCCAUUUCAUAUGUCAUCAAUGACAGAAAGUCAGAAACUGUGCAGAGCCAAAGGUAGCACAUUAUUUCCUUGUAUUCACUGUAAAAAUCUGAUAGGCAAUUACUUUGUGCCGGAUUGUUAAUUUUUGCACGGUUAAU